AUGUUUAAAUUAAUCCUUCUUUGUUCUGUGAUCGGUUUGGCUGUGGGUCUCAAGAUUCAUGAACACGAAUACGAGCCUGAGGAGUACGAACACGCUCAUUACAAUGAACCAUCAAUUGAGGAAACUGAACACCAUCAAGAGGUCGACCAUAAGCACUCAGCUACAUCACAUCAAAGUGUGAAAUUCCAUCAUUUCCAUGCAGUUCCGGUGUACAUCAAGAAGGAAGACCAGCAUCUGUUGAAGAAUCCUAUUGAAAUCGGAGGCAGCAAGCAGAAGCUGAAGAUUCUCCACCCAGAAACGGAAAAGAAUCAUAAUCAUGGUUUAGUGUUGGAGAAUCACAGCGAAUCACAUGUGGAAGAACAUGGACAUGAACAUGCGCAUUACGAAGAGGAACCACAUUUGGAACACUACGAGCAUUACCACCAUGAGUAAAAUUAGGAAAGAUGAAAAAGCUAAAGUGUGACAAGGAACCAAAUUUUCUUUAAGAAUUUAGCAUUAAGAGUGUGUUGCCGAGUGCAGUUUUCUCCAACUACUAUAGAAAU